GCUGCUGGCAAGUCGGUUGUAUGCUACUGGCAGUCAUGGUCCCACAACAUGUCGUCACCACAUACGUACACUGCCGACGACAUCCCCGUUCACCUCUGCACGCACGUGGUCUACUCCUACGCCAAGCUGGAGAACCGUGCGAGUAGCCUGUACCUGGGCAAGGAAUUGGACACAGGAACAGACGAAUACUCCCGAAUUUUACGCCUAAAAGAGAGAAAUCCUGAAGUGAAGCUUCUACUCGCUUUGGGAGACCGGUAUGGUAGCGACAGUGCCGCCUGGUACGAGGCCAUCCACGAUCCGCCGAGAAGGUACCACGUCGUGGCUAUGCUGUACAGACUGCUGAUGCAGUACAGAUUCGAUGGUCUCCACAUCGACUGGGAAAAUGCGGUCGCAAGCGAAGGCAAUGACACCAACAACGCAAUGGUCAAGUUCGCUUGGGUGAGGCCGUUGUAG